AUUUUGCAUGACAGAGGAAGCUGCUUCUUGGAUUAUAAAGACGCAUUUCAAUAGACAGGCAUCCACAUGCUGUUUUGUAAGGAUACAUAUAAUCCCUGGAUAUAACCAUGUUUUUGUGGCUAAAGCUCUUGGUGUUUGGCUUGGCUCUUGUGGACGUAGAUGUUUUCAUAAACGGCCAAGCAACAACAACAUCUUUUAUGAAGACAACAGAUGGAAAACCAACUCCUGACCUUUCACUGAUACCUUCACGCACCACUCCAUUCUCACCUGCAAGCACCUUUGAAGCAGAGCCUGGUUCUACAACCAAGGAAACAGUGCCUCCUCCUGCUUCUCGGGCCGUUAAUUCUACUGAACCCUCUCCUAGUGAAGAGAGUGUUGCUUUUACUGCUACUUCUGCUUCCCUCACUAUCUCAGCAACAGAUCUCCCCAACAACUCAUUUCUCACCACUCAGACAGACUCAAGAGCUUCCAACAUUUCCACAAACAGCAGCGCGGCUGCCAUUCCUUCACCGUUUCCCUUUGCCCGCACACAUGCACCAACAGAUGAUGGGAAUACUUUCUUUCUUCCAACCACUGGCAUUGCAACAAGCAUCUCUUCAGCUCCCCCAAACACCACCUCAAUAGGUGACAAACCUGCAUUCAUUUACAAGCCACUGUAACACUGUCUGCAUGCAUAGCUUUGAAUGCAAUUGAAAUUUGUUUGAAUGAGAACAUUUUCGUGGGCAAGUCAAUUGAAUUGAAUGUGAAUCAUGUAGAAGUUGUUUCUGAAUUCUGCAUUCAGCCCUAUAAUCUGAUUGAAGAGCUAAGACUCAUAUAAAAUACUUGAUUUAGAUUUUGGGGGGUGGGGUGGCUUCAAGUCAGUGUUGACUCCUAGUGACUGCCUGGACAUGUUCCUGCAGUUUUCUUGGCAAGUUUUUCAGAAGUGGUUUGCCAUUGUCUCCUUCCUAGGGUGGAGAUAGAACGACUGGUCCAAGGUCACCCAGCUGGCUUCAUGCCUAAGGCAGGACUAGAACUCAUGGACUCCUGGUUUCUAGUCUGAUGCCUUAACCAUUACACCAAACUGGGUCUCUAAUGAUUUAGAUGUAUCCAAUUAGUAUUUCAUUUUAAAGAAUUAUAAUUAUCCCAUUGCACUAUUCUAAUUUUAUAAGAAGG